AGCAUCUUUGCCGGCUUGCAGAAAUCAUAUCACCUUUUCCCUCUUAAUUUGAUUUCAUCCUGCGCCAUCUUUACUGCCGAAUUUGCUGGCUGGUCCACGGAAACGAAACGAAACAAGAGAGUAAAAGGGAGAGCUAUCAGCCGAUUUCGCCUUAGGGAAAAUGAAAUUUCUCUGCCUUCAUGGAGCCGGAACUAGUUCGGAAGUUCUAGAAAUACAACUCGGCCCUGUACGCGAUGCCUUGAAGGCUCAUGUCGAUUUCGAGUACUAUGAUGGCUUUUUAGAGGUAGAUACUGUAGAAGAGAUCAAGAAUGUUUUCAAAGGUCCCUUCUUCACCUGGUACUCUCCCGGCCUCGGCGGGAAAACGUUGGUAGAGGCAAAAGCAGAACUCCUCGACUUAAUCGAAUCCGAUGGACCUUUUGAUGCCUGUUUAGGUUUCUCUCAGGGGGCCGGUCUACUGGCCGCUGUGAUCAUGGAUUACCAGAAAACGCACCCAUUCAGCCCUAACCUAUUCCGACUAGCCAUCUUCAUAUGUGCUGCUGCUCCGGUUUUGGUUGUCAAAUCAGAAGAAGACGCUGGAUUUGACUACAGGCCGUCCGCUGAAAGUAUGGCCCAUCUAACCGAGGCUUGGAAAGGUCCCUACGUCCCGGGCCAUGAGCCACGUCCGAAUGAAGAGUGGAACAUCUUUAUCGCCGAGAAAGUACGCAAGGCUGGCCUGGCUAUUCGAAUUCCUACCGCGCAUAUUUAUGGAUCUAAUGACGAGGGUGUCUCUGAGAGUCUGAGGUUGCGAGACAUGUGUGACGAGAGGAGAAGGGUUGAAUUCGAUCAUGGCCGUGGUCAUGAGGUACCGCGAGCACCUAAGCUUGUCUCUCAAAUGGCAGAAACUAUCAACCGAGCCAUAACCAAUGCCUUGACGGCUGUUUGAUUGGUACCAUUUUGAUGUUUCAGGGUUAGAUUGGGUGAUUAUCUGACAUAUAUACAUAGAAUCAUAAAUCCAC